AUGUCACUCCUGGGUGUACUCAAGCGACGGCACCAAGUCGAACAGUCAACGACGAUCGUCACGAGCGAUCAUGCGGAUCCUGUAGAGGUGUCCUCGCUUUCUUCUCCCUCGGAGACGAACCAGACCACCGGCGCCGACGAGGAAAAGAUCAAGGCCCAAACAGAGACCUUCGCGAUUGAACAAGAAAGUCAUGAAAACCCUGAAAUUGCCGCACUGCCAUUGCAGGUGCGCCAGCUGAUCAAUCUCACCGACGAUCCCACCUUGCCCACCAUCACCUUCCGCUAUUUUGUGCUGGCGGCCCUUUUCGUGAUCCCGGGAGCGUUCCUGUCACAGAUGAGCUACUUCCGAACAACCCAAGCGCCGUACUCCGUCUUCUUCGUCCAAAUUGCCUGUCACUAUGCCGGUCACUUUCUAGCCAGAACACUUCCGGCCUGGAACAUUCGAGUGCCGGGAACUACCUGGGGGUUCAGCCUCAACCCAGGACCCUGGAGCAUCAAGGAACAUGUAUUGGUGACUGUGACAGCUGCAUCGGGGGCGACCUAUAAUCUCGGCUAUGCCCCGAUUGUCCUGGCGGAACUCUGGUAUGGGGAGAGGAUCAACCCGGCCGUGGCGAUAUUCUUCAUGCUGGCCAUCGUGUGGACCGGAUAUGCUUUUGCUGCACUCGCGCGAAACAUCCUGCUGCCCGAUCCGGAGUAUAUCUGGCCGCAGGCCUUGAUGCAGACCACCCUAUUCGAAACCUUCCGGAGGACCGAUACUUCCUCGGCGCUCGCCCGUCGUCAGAUGAAGGUCUUCUUCUUUGCUCUUUUGGGUAUGACUUUGUGGCAAUUUCUGCCAGAGUAUGUCUUUCCUUUCACCUCCUCCCUAGCCUUCCUGUGCUGGGUUGCCCCACGGAACCCAGUAGCUAACUUCAUCGGCUCGGGGCUGGGCGGUAUGGGCUUCCUCAAUCUCUCGCUAGAUUGGUCCAACAUCAAUUGGAACGGGUCUUCGAUCAUGCUGACUCCCUGGUGGACGCAAGUGCUCUUGUUUCUGGCCUUUGCUUUCAAUUGCUGGGUUCUCCUUCCUGCGGCGAAAUGGGGAAAGCUAGGGAGCUACAAGCAUGGCCUCAUGUCCAACAGCCUUUUUCAGGCCAAUGGCACAAGCUACCCGGUCACCAAAGUAAUGACCUCCACUUACCACCUCAACGAAACUGCAUAUGAAGAGUAUGGCCCCAUGUAUAUGGGGUUACAGAACGUGUGGGCAACUUUUUUUGACUAUGCCAAGCUGCCGGCGGCGAUCACUUGGAUCGCAACGUUUGGCUUCACGCAGGUGCGACAGAAUUUUAUCAAAAUUUUCGAGAGUCGCAAGUCUGCCAAGGCUGCAGCAGGACAGAGUAUUCACCAUCAGUAUCACGAUCGCCUUAAUGUCAUCCAAAGACAAUACAAAGAGAUUCCUCUCUGGUGGUAUUUGGUGCUCUUCUUGGCGGCAUUCAUUAUUCUGAUCACAACUAUCGCAUGUGGAUAUCUCUUUAUCCCGAUCUGGACCUUAUUCGUGGCUCUCGCAAGCGCCGCGAUUUUCGUUAUUCCUUUCGCUUGGCUGUAUGCUAUCUCGAACUACCAACUUGAGACCGGCUCCUUCAACGAGCUGAUGUAUGGCUACAUGGUACACACCAAAGCUGGUUCCGGUCAUCAGCAUCCAUGUGGCCCUUCGGUGUACGGCUCAAUUGCCGGAGAUGCCUGGUAUCGCGCGCAGUACAUGUUGCAAGAUCAAAAGAUCGGACAUUACAUGCAUAUUCCGCCCCGGGCGAUUUUCUUCUCCCAGAUCUUUGGCGUCUGCAUGGGCGUGCCCAUCAACUAUGCCGUUAUCCGCUGGAUUAUGGAUACUAAAGGCGACUAUCUAACCGGCAAGAAGUCAGACCCACUCAACCAGUGGACUGGUCAGAAGUUACAGACUUCCAACACAAUGGGUGUCCAGUAUGCAAUCCUCGGCCCAAAGAGGCUCUUUGCUGAGGCCGAGAUGAGCCCGCUGCCCUGGUCGUUCCUAGUCGGCGCAGUCAUUCCGCCAGUUCUAUUUGUUCUGCAUCGAUUCUUCCCGAAGUUGCGGAUCGAUCUAUGGAACGUCAGUAUUUUCUUCGGCGGCCUGGCCAUGUUCUACGGUAAUGUUAGCACCGGUUACACGUCCGCGAUUAUCGGUGGGUAUAUCGUGAUGUACUGGGCAUAUCGACGUCAUUUCGAAGUAUGGAAGCGUUACAAUUACUUAGUUGCGGCUGCUUUUGAUGCGGGAUUCAACUUGAAUAUGUUGCUCAUCUUUUUCUUCUUCGGAGCUGGCAAACAGAUCUCAAUGCCAAAUUGGUGGGGAAACAAUGCCGAUUCGGUUGAGCGGUGCUUUGCGCUGGACAGCUGA